CGUCAUGGUCAGCUGCACAAACUUAUUGCAGGAGCAAGUAUGUUGACUUGGGUACAGUAAAGACUGCUGAAGACUGGCAACGGUUAAAUGCUGAGGCAGCAAGAAAAGGUCUGUCACCAAAUGGUUGGGUUGGACUUUAUCUUAACGUCAAAGACUGGUACUGGUCCUAUCAAUCCAAACUGGUUAGUACCCCAACUAAUUGGGCCCCUGGGCAGCCUGAUAAUGCUGGUGGGAAUCAACCAUGUGGUGCACUAGACGCAAGUGGAAACUGGGAAGAUGAUACCUGUAUGGAUUUGAAGCCCUUCAUAUGUUACAGUGUUAGCUCAGGAGGGUUUGUUGGUAUCACUGUUACAAUGAGCUGGUGGGGAGGUCAGACGUACUGCCGCAAAUAUCACACAGACUUGGCCAGCGCAACCACUACCACAGAGAUCAGCCAGUUACAACAAAUAGUGUCAGUCCAGGGCGCAUCUUGGUUUGGCCUAUUUAGGGACAAUUGGAUGUGGUCUGAUGCGAGCUCCCCUUUGGGAAUCCAGUGGAAACCUGGCUUCCCAAAUAAUGCUGACCAUAAUGACACUUGUGGUUCUGUUAAUAACACCGGGUUUGUAGAUAAACAAUGCAACAGCCUCUUCAAUUUCUUUUGUCACACACAAUAUAAAGUGAGGUAUCAAGUUUUAAAACUGCAUAUUAAUGGAGAUGAAAGUGUGUUUAAUUCUGCUGUUCAGUCUACUACUUUUCAGCAGAUUGUUCAGAAACUAAAGGAACAUGGCAUAUGGCUGGAGACUAAUGUGACCUGGAGGGUGCAAUCAGAUGGAAACAUCUUACACAAGAAACUCUUUGAUGGCCUGUAACCUCUAAAUUCUUACAUACUAUACAGCCAUUAUAUACCAUUCCAUAUCCCUAU